AUGGAGCUGGCAAUAGAAACAUUUAAGUUGUUGGUGACGGUGUACUACGAAAGCGAAUGCCCUGACAGCAGAAGUUUUGUUAUUAACCAACUGCGCCCUGCGAUACAUUUGCUGCAUAGUUACGUGAAACUGCAUUUGAUACCGUUUGGAAAAUCAAGGAGUAUAAACUACGGAGAUGACGGGUUUGAGUGUCAGCACGGCUCGUCAGAAUGCUUGGGGAACAUCGUACAGGAUUGCGCUUUAGACCUGAUGCGGAAAGAAUCGGAUAAGAAGAAGGUGGAAUACGUCGCGUGCGAGAUGGAAACCAGAGCUGGUGCUAGUGGUGAUCUUAACUGUGUUGAAAAAUCGAAGCUGCCUCCAAAGACGGUGGAAGACUGUGUGCUCACCGGAAAGGGUGUAGAUCUCCAGCUUCACAGUGAAUACCACACCAGUCUGGUGUCUCCUAGCUUCGUACCAACAGUCACAAUUGGUGGUGAAUUCGACCAAACAAUACAAGACAAUGCUCAAGUGGACCUCAUCGGCACUCUCUGUUCCGUGUUGACGGAAGCACCUCCUUGUGCUAAUCGUUACAACUCCAUGGCUCUUCAACACAUUCUCAUCAAUCAGAGAUAAAUAUAUUUUGUACCAAAUA